AUGGCUGACUCAAAACUCGAGCAGAAGUCUGCCCAGGCAGCGAAGAGGGAGAUCAAGCACCAGCCCACGCAAGCUCAGACUAACGAUGCGAAACAAACAAACCCGGAUUCACCACAGCAGAAGCCGAAGCAAGAGCCCGAGUCAAACUCCAAGCAAGACCCAGCGCAGAAAACCAAGCAAGUUCCCCAGAAAGCUGCUAAGCCGCCACCUAAGGAGCCCUUGAAGCAAUCGCAAACCGAGAAUCAGAAAAAGGAUCUCAAUGAUGGCGAAGACCUCACCACCAUACUGGAUGAGUCACAGCGCGGAGAGCUCACGCUCCUCAUUGCCAAUGCAACGGAAUCUAUGCGGAAGCUAAUUGAAGACAAUUUCAGCCCUAGUGCUGGAUUAAAUAAAGGCCUUCUACGAGAGAAUAUGACCGAGGAUGAGAAGCUCAUGAGUGCCGAAAUCGAUCCUGGCGCGGCAGAUGUGGCAGCCUUCGAUCGUGAAAGGAAGCUGAAAGAACAGUAUGAGAAAGAGCUGAACACACCUAAGAUGAAGGAACUCAAGCAAAAUGCCCUAAGAGCGUUUGACGAAUGGAGACAAACUGUUAUGGAGCGAGUAGGUCAGGUAGUCAACAGUGAACGUACAGCCAAAGGACAAAUGGAGCACGAAGCGAAGGCAGGAAAAGCACAGCCCCAAGCCCCAGACCAGAACCGUCUCGAAAGCGUCUUGAAAAAGCCGCCAAAUCAGGGUAUAAGACUCAAGUUCAAGGAUCUUUAUCCACCAACUAAAACUCAUCUGACGAAAAUGAGUAUGCAACAGAGGACGCUGAUUGUGCAUGCCCUGUUCCUCUUGCUAUUGUCUUUAGAGCACUAUAAUGCACCGUCGCGGGUGUUAUUAUUGCAUGUCGUAUCUUCACUCAAAUUGCCUCUCAAAACUUUCGAACAAGACGAGAGCACGGUUGCGAAAGGCCUUCUGGAAGCAGCCAAGGAGUUGACUGCGGAUGAGGAGACCAAGAAAAAGGCUGAAGCGAACAAGGAAAGUAGGAAAUGGAAGGUGGGUCUUGCAACAGCGGCUGGCGCUGCGGUAAUUGGCAUAUCAGGAGGGAUGGCGGCACCACUGGUGUCAGCAGGUGUUGGCACCAUCAUGGGCUCGCUUGGUCUUGGGGCCACUGCAGCUGCUGGAUACCUUGGAUCCGUCGCCGGAAGCGCGGUAGUCGUUGGUGGUCUGUUUGGCGCCUACGGUGGAAGGAUGACAGGUCAAAUGAUGGACCACUAUGCACGAGAGGUGGAGGAUUUCGAGUUUUUGCCAGUCCACAGCAGGAACAGGACAAGUGAAAAGGCUGAAGAAGGAGCCCAGCAAGCAAGCGAACACAACCACAAAUUGAGAGUCACGAUUUGCAUAUCCGGAUGGUUGACUGAGAAGGACGAAGUGGUCAGCCCUUGGAAGGUCAUUGGCAGAGGCGCAGAAGUCUUCGCGUUGAAGUGGGAGCUGGAAGCGCUGUUGAAUUUGGGCAAUGCCAUGAAUGGACUGGUGCAGUCUGCAGCAUGGGGAUAUGCCCAGCAGCAGCUCAUCCAGCAGACGGUCUUUGCAGAUCUGAUGGCAGCCAUGUGGCCCAUCGGUCUCGUAAAAGCUGCUGGCGUGAUCGAUAACCCGUUUAGUGUUGCUAAAGGAAGAUCCGAGAAGGCUGGCGAGGUUCUUGCAGAUGCGCUUAUCAACAGGGCGCAGGGAGAAAGACCCGUGACACUAAUCGGGUACUCGUUGGGGGCGAGGGUUAUCUACACCUGUCUGAUGGGCCUUGCCAACAGAAAGGCUUUUGGACUGGUUGAGAGUGCCGUUCUCAUUGGUGCUCCAACACCUUCGGAUACGAGCGAUUGGCGUACAAUGAGAACCGUGGUUUCGGCUCGGCUGGUCAACGUCUAUUCUGACAAUGACUACGUUCUCGGUUUGAUGUAUCGCACGAGCAGUAUUCAAUAUGGAGUUGCAGGCUUGCAGAAGAUCGAGGGACUCCCUGGCGUCGAAAACGUCAAUGUUAGCGAGGAUAUACAAGGUCAUCUUCGAUAUCGUUACCUCAUCGGCAGUAUCCUCAAGAAGAUCGGGUUUGAGGAUAUUGAUAUGCAGGCUGUCGAAGAGGAGCACGUCGCACUCGAGAAAAUGGAAAAGGAAGAAAAGAAAAACUCGCUGCGAGCACAGAAGAACAGGCUCCUCCGACGGCAAUCUACUGGCGGUGUGGAAGAUGAAGCUAAAGAGGCAGAGGACGAGGCGAACGAGAUCCAGAAACAGGUAGCAGAUAAGACACAGAAGAGCCUAGUGACAAGAGUGGUCGAGUACAUCUACCUGCCCAAGACGCCUUCUACAAAGGACAUCGAGAGGAAUUUAGGAAACAUUCAGAAGGCAGCUGCCGACCCAAGCGAGGCCGGCGCAGUCGCAAUGGAGGCACUCAAAGAUAUCCAAGCCUCCGGCCAAUCAUAUGCACAAUGGGCAGCGCAAAAGCUUCCUCACCUUCCAGGCAGAGGUGGAUCAGCCACCAAAGCUGCCACUGGUCCCAGUAAGGCAGCCACCGGGGCGACUGAUACUGCUUCAAAGACUGCUAGCAGUGCGGCGGCUACAGCGCAAAGCUAUACACAAGUAGCAGCAAGCUACUUACCAAGUCUGCGUGGAAGGUCUAGGAAGUCGUUCAAAGCCCCAGCCCAAGCAGCAGGGGAUACCGCGAAGACUGCAGAGAAGGCUGUUGGUCAAGUCCCAGGGGUCAGCAGCGUCAAGGAUACAGCAAAACCAACAGUGAAUGACGCGUCAAAAGCGGUGGGAGAUGCCGCUUCUUCUGGUAAGGACGCAGCACAAGGUGCAGCGGAGAAGGCCGAGGGCGCUAUUGAUCAAACGCCAGCAGAGGAUGUCAAAGAUACAGCGAAAUCGUCGGCAGCAGACGCAUCAGAAACUGCUAGUAAAACGGCCGAAGGGGCCAAAGAAGCCGUCAGUGAGGCUGUUUCUGAGGGUCGGGAGGCGGCUGGUGAGGCGGCUUCCACAGCCCAGGAGGGUAUCGGCGAUGCUGCGUCGAAAGGCCAAGUAGCGGCUGGGGAUUCCGUUUCCACGGCGCAGCAGAGCGUUGGGGAGGCUGCAUCAUCGACGCAAAAAGCUGCUGGCGAUACCGCCGGGAAAACUGCAGAAGCUGCCCAGAGUUAUACGUCAAAGGUUGCCGGAUAUCUUCCCACAUUCGGUAGUGGUAAGAAGGAUGCGCAGGACUCUUCCAAGGCUACAGGCGAAGUGGCGAAAGAGACUUCUAGGGCAGUAUCAGACGGUUCGAAAGCUCCCACGAAAGCUGCUGGAGAUGCUGCAAAGACGACUUCUAAAGCAGCAGAGAAAACUGCUGACACUGCCAAAGAAGUGGCAAAAGGGAAAAAGCCAUCAGUGUCCAAUGUGCGGAAGGCAGCGAGUAAUACAACGUCUGCUGCUCAAAGCUUCACAUCCCGAGCAACGGGAUACUUACCUAGUCUACCAAGUGUACCUGGACGCGGGAAAGAAGCGGCGCCAGCUGAUGACACGAGGAAGUCCUCCGAUGCUGGGAGAGCUGAUUCUCAAAAGCCACCGCCAAUUAUUCAUCAAGACUCGAGUAAGAAAGAAUCAGAAAAGAGCAAACAAGAACAGGAGGAUGGUAGGGACUCCUUACCGAAACCUGAAGAGCAGUCUUCCCUAUCUCGUGCAGCAGGCUACCUACCCAGCGUACCUUCAGUUCCUGGUUUCGGCGGAAGCAAAGCAGACACAAAACCAAAACCACCAGCCCCAGAUCGCAACCCAUCAGAGUCCAAGAAGAAAGCAGCACCCAAACUAGAAAGGAAACCCAGCCAAACACCAUCCAAAGCCACAGCGCCGAAGCUAGAACGAAAAGCCAGCUCGGUCACCAGAUCGAUACCGAAGCUCGAGAGGAAGAGCAGCGAAGCAGCCAAAUCAACCCCCAAAUUGGAGAAAGAACCCAGCGAAGCGAAGAAGUCGAUUCCCAAGCUGGAUCGAAAGACCUCGGGAGUUCAAGACUCUCCAUCUGCCGCCAAGCUGGAGCGAACCGUUUCUGGGGCACAGAAAUCCACCCCAAAGCUGGGUCGAGUACCAUCGGGUGUGAAAUCCCCACCCACAACGCCCUCGAAGCCCGCUAGGACGCCAUCAGGUGUGCAGCCGCCGAAGCCGAAUAGAACGCCGUCGGGUGUGCAGCAGUCGCCUUCAGCGACAGCGACAAAGCAGGCGGAGAAGACGACCUCAGGGGUUAAGUCUGCGGCGCCGAAGUUGGAUGGGCUGAAGAGGGGGCAGGAGAGUUUGCAGAAGAGUGUCUCGGGCUUGACGGGGACGUUGGGCGGGCUUGGGGGUUUGGGUAAGAAGUGA